CAUUUGUCACACUUCUUCAUUCUUAUUUUCAUUCCUAGUUACAACAACAAAAAAAUGGCCUUAACACUUCGUUCUUCUCCUACCUUUAUCAAUCCAAAGGACACCAAAGGCCUCAAAACACUCGACGAAUUCCAUGGCUGUCUCUCUUAUGUUCCAUUCAAGCCGGUAUGCCGUCUCCGGGCAAAGUGUUCUAGUCUCGAAGCUACUCUACCACUAGAGAAAACUUCAUUUUAUGAAGAGAAGGAUGGUGAUAAGAGGGAAUGGCUUCAUGGGCUCUCCGGGGGUCACAAGGCCGGUUGCAGAAAAGUACCUGUGUUUGUGAUGUUGCCUCUUGAUACAGUAUCUUUCGGUGGCAAUUUGAAUAGGCCAAGAGCAUUGAAUGCCAGUUUGAUGGCCUUGAAGAGUGCUGGAGUGGAAGGUGUGAUGGUGGAUGCAUGGUGGGGGUUGGUGGAGAAAGAUGGCCCUCUCAACUAUAAUUGGGCUGGUUAUCUUGAGCUUGUCCAGAUGGUGCAAAGGCAUGGCUUAAAGCUUCAAGUUGUUAUGUCCUUCCAUCAGUGUGGAGGAAAUGUUGGAGACUCUUGCAGCAUACCCCUACCUCCAUGGGUGCUUGAAGAAGUCAGCAAGAACCCUGAUAUAGUCUACACAGAUAGAUCUGGCCGGAGGAAUCCGGAGUAUAUUUCCCUGGGGUGUGAUUCAUUGCCUGUGCUCAAUGGAAGAACACCCAUCCAAGUCUACUCUGAUUUCAUGAGGAGCUUCAGAGACAUGUUCAAAGAUUAUCUUGGAGGAGUUAUUGUGGAGGUUCAAGUUGGAAUGGGCCCUUGUGGGGAGCUGAGGUAUCCAUCUUAUCCAGAAAGCAAUGGGACUUGGAGAUUCCCUGGAAUUGGUGAAUUCCAGUGCUAUGACAAGUACAUGAGAGCUUCCCUGGAAGCAUCUGCUGAAGCAAUUGGAAAGGGAGAUUGGGGUAAAGGUGGACCCCAUGAUGCAGGCCACUACAACCAGUUCCCAGAGGACACAGGAUUCUUCAGAAGAGAAGGAACAUGGAACACGGAGUACGGCCAGUUCUUCUUAGAAUGGUACUCUGGAAAGUUACUAGAACACGGUGAUAAGCUUCUAGCUUCUGCUGAAGGGAUAUUUCAAGGAACUGGAGCUAAGCUAUCUGGAAAGGUUGCCGGGAUCCAUUGGCAUUAUGGGUCUAGGUCCCACGCAGCUGAAUUAACAGCCGGGUACUACAACACCAGGCACAGAGAUGGCUACCUUCCAAUAGCACAAAUGAUGGUGAAACGAGGUGUAGUACUGAACUUCACGUGCAUGGAGAUGCGAGAUGGAGAACAACCGGCAAAUGCAAACUGCUCCCCUGAAGGACUAGUCCGCCAAGUGAAGAUGGCAACUAAGACCAUGUGUACUGAGCUUGCCGGUGAAAAUGCAUUGGAGAGGUAUGAUGAUAGAGCUUUUGCACAGGUCUUGGGAACGAGUCAGUCAGAUUCAGGCAAUGGUUUGAGUGCAUUCACAUAUCUAAGGAUGAACAAGUGGUUGUUUGAAGGAGACAAUUGGAGGAAUUUAGUGAAUUUUGUGAAGAACAUGUCAGAAGGUGGCAGAGAUGCCAGGCUCUCAGAGCAAGACACAGGCCAUACCAAACUAUAUGUUGGCUUUCUCACUGAACAGAACAUGAAGACCAAGGAAGCUGUUCCAGUGUAAAGAAUAAUGUAUGCUAGGUCCAAAACAAAGGAAUAGAGUUCAUAUAGAAAAUAACAUAUACCAUAAUGUCAGUCUCUUUAAACCAUGGAACCUUUUUAAGUUCCUUCUUCUGAGGUUUAAUCUAAAUGGAUUCUCAUAGUACCUGAAUGGUAGCAACCAUGAUUUCGGAUCUGUUCUGAAGAUGUUAAGUAUCUGUUCUGAGAACAAAAAUGUUUAGUUAUAAUUCUGGUCUGGUCUAUAGGGGUGUUAUUUGUUCCCUAUUGAAACCAUUAUAGGGGGAGUGUCCCUAUCAUGAUAAGUACUUGUUGGUUAGUCUUUUUGGUAGAUUACGUUAUGGUGUUAGUUUCCUGUUUCUACUCUGAUUGGAAUUGAGUUAUUAUAAUAAAUACUGCCCUGUCCAACGAUAGAUCUCGAUCCCGAGUCCAUCAUUGGCUAAGUUUAAUA